GUCCGGAAGUCGCACUACUAGAGGUGACAGCAGACAUGGCCGCUCGCAUGGGAUGUUUGUUGAGGAGGCUCAGGUCAGAGAUAUUGACCGGGAGCAGAACGCUGUGUGCUGGAGCUCCCAGGUCUCCUGCUUUCUCAGACCCAGACGUGCAGAAUCUGCUGAAGAAGAUGACCAGUCUUAAUCUGGAGAAGAUCUUCAAGCCAGUAAAGAAGGAACUGAACCCUCCCACAUACAAACUACUAACAGAAACACAAUAUGAAGAGUCUGUACAGAAGGCAGCGAAGGCUGCUGCUAAGUACCUGGAGAUGCCACCAGUUAUGAGUGAGCGAGAGCCAAUAAAUGAUAUUUUGGCUGAGGAUGAGAUUCUUCGCGACUUAGAAACUUCUAAAUAUGUUUUCACUGAUAUAACUUACAGUACUCCUCACCGCGAGAGGUUCAUUGUUGUGCGAGAGCCAAAUGGAGUACUAAGGAAAGCUACAUGGGCUGAAAGGGACAGAAUGAUCCAAGUUUAUUUCCCUCAAGAAGGACGCAAAUUGGUUCCACCACCUGUUUUCCAGGAAGAGAACAUGCAGGUUAUGUUCCAGCAGGAUCGUCACGAAGAGCUUCUAAACCGUUGCCUUGUCCAAUUUGAUCCAGAUUCUCCGGAAUACAUCAGAGUUCAUCAACAGACAUAUGAAAAUAUUGAUCAGCAUGGCAAGUAUGAUCUACUGCGCUCCACAAGGCACUUUGGUGGCAUGGCUUGGUACCUGUGCCGCAUGAAGAAGAUAGAUGGACUUCUAAUAGACAUGAUUCAGAGAGACUUGAUUGAUAAUUCGGACACCUUAAUCCAGUUAUAUAACAUUCUACAUCCAGACACACUGUGUGCCAAGGAGUCACAGGGAGCUGAGGGUGCCAUGUUAAUUCAGAUCUUUUUGAAAACGGAGGCUCGGAAGCCAGGCUAUAUAGAGUUAGCUCUACAGGCAUACCAGGAGUCCAAAAUCAGCACGGCUUCAUCGUGACAAUGCUGCUGAUAUUUGUCUGAAAGAUUUGUAUUCAUAGAGAAGCAGACCUUACUUGUCAUGAAUUUACACCAAAAAGGCUGGACUGGGUUGUUUUGCAUCCAACUAUGAAUGUGUAACUGUUUAGUUACACUGCCUACUCUGGAGUCCAACAGUGAUAGGUAUUGCUUAUGCCCUCUGUUUCUGUAAGAAAAACCCAUGAGUGGUCCUCGGUUAUAAAUUUACUGUUAUCAAAUAACAUUAUCUAUAUCUUCCAUUUCUAAUAAAAUGU